AUAUAUAUAUAUAUUAUAUAUGUAUAUGUAUAUGUAUAUGUGCACAUAUAGUUUGUAAACUAAAAGAAAACUCGAGAAUUUUCAAAACGUGAUUUAAGCCAAUUAACUACCAAAGAAUUGUAUAACAAGAAAACUGUGAAAAUAAAACCUAAUGGCAACAACAAAUUUAAUGCAAACAAAUGCCCACACAAAUGUUGUUGCUGACAAGAACCGUACUACGAAAGCAAUAGCAACAGCAACAGCAACAGCAGCGGUUGCGGCAACAUUGACCAGUAAACCCAUUAAGAUACCAGAGCGUUUCUCUACGCAAUUAUCUACCGGUUCGGCAGAUAGCGGUUGCGGCGUUAAUACUUCGGUGGCCACAAAUGCUUCGUCUUCCACUUCGUUGGCUUAUCAGCAAAAGAACCUACUUUUGUUACCUUCCUUUAAAUCACGCAGUACCUCACUGAGCUUGCAAGGUGUUGCGGCUCAUCCCAAAUCACAAUUACAAAAAUUGAAACAGCCUGCCUAUCGUCAGCUUUUGUCUCAAGACAGCGGAAUAGACGGCGAGACAGAUUCAACAAAUGGUUCUCAACAACAAUUAAAAUUGAAUAAUUGCUCUUCGUCAAGCAGCGAAUCAUUGGUAAAUAAUUCAUCAGGUGAAUUAUCUGCAGAAACUGAUGUUUCUUCGGGUUACGCUGGCAGUAUACAUAGUUUUGGUCUUAGACGGCCUCGAUAUAAGCCUUGUAGCAGUGCUGGUACCUUGGGUUUGGGCUUGGAAGAUCGCAUAGAUGAAGUCGAAGAUUUACAUCUGAAUGAGAACGAUGAAGACCUCGAGGAUGGAGAUGAUGAAUGCGACGAUGGCGAUAGCACUAGCCUUGCCUUGGAAGAAGAUGAGGACGAAGACGACGCCAACGAUAGCGGCCUACAAAUGACUGUGGAUCGUUCAAUCAAAUCGCCGGAUAAUGAUAAUGGAAGACAGUCACAAUACUCAAAUGCUUUAGCGUUCAAAGAUAAAGCUAAAGUCAAAACUCCCCAAACGCCUACUCUGACAUCAUCCUUUUCAUCUAAACAACAACAAGUUUUAGCCACUGACGGCCACUAUCGCUUUCCUCUGCUUAAUAUCAGUGAGGAGCACUUCAUAAAUCCUAAAUUGAUUAAUAAAAAGGACGGCCUGCAGGACACCAUGUACUAUCUAGACGAAUUUGGUAGUCCUAAGCUGCGUGAAAAAUACGCCCGAAAACAAAAGCAGAAAGAACUGAAAUUACAACAACAACAGUUAAGAACGAAGAAUUAUCAAAAAAGAGAUCAGAUAACGACAACUACAACUACAACUACAACAACAACAACAACAACAACAACAACAACAGGAACUACAGGAAAACGCAACAUAACUCUUACAACAGAAGACGAUCCAUCGUUCGCUGAUGUUACCAAUAUCUAUCAUUCAACCAAUAAGUCCAAAUAUUUUGUUGCAACUCACUGUGAUACAAAUAAUAAAAAAUUUAGUCAUGUAAGAAAAAAUAAAGCUAAUAAUCGCGACAAUGAUGAUGGUGAUGAUAAUGAUAAUAGCAGCCAUAGCCGCCAGGCCACCGCCAAUAAUGAUGUUAAUAAUUGUAAGAAAAAUGUUGAGGUUGUUGUGUUUGGUGGCGCAGACGAAGUGAAAGCGAUCGGAAAACAUCAAUCAACGGAGUCUCAAAAUAGUUUAACAAAAUCUUCCACGACCACAUGUGUUAGUUGGACAAAAGUUGUGCAUAAGUUUAAAAAUAUUUUAGGCAGAGAUGGUGCGAAAAUUACCACAGUCGUGGCCACACCCGGUCAGGGUACGGAUCGUGUACAAGAAGUUUCCUACACCGAUACAAAGGUAAUUGGUAACGGCAGCUUCGGUGUGGUCUUUCAGGCCCGACUUUGCGAUACUGGUGAAUUGGUGGCAAUUAAAAAAGUUUUACAAGAUAGACGAUUUAAGAAUCGCGAAUUGCAAAUAAUGCGUAAAUUGGAACAUUGUAAUAUUGUAAAACUUUUGUAUUUUUUCUAUUCGAGCGGUGAAAAGCGUGAUGAAGUAUUUUUGAAUUUAGUACUCGAAUAUAUACCAGAAACCGUUUAUAAAGUGGCUCGUCAGUACGCCAAAACCAAGCAAACAAUACCCAUUAAUUUUAUAAGGCUUUACAUGUAUCAACUAUUUAGAAGUUUGGCUUAUAUACACUCAUUGGGUAUUUGUCAUCGUGAUAUAAAACCGCAAAAUCUUUUACUGGACCCAGAGACAGCGGUAUUGAAAUUGUGCGAUUUUGGAAGCGCCAAGCAGUUAUUACAUGGUGAACCGAAUGUCUCAUAUAUAUGUUCGCGUUAUUAUCGUGCACCCGAAUUAAUAUUUGGAGCCAUUAAUUAUACAACAAAAAUUGAUGUGUGGAGCGCCGGUUGUGUAUUAGCUGAAUUACUUUUGGGUCAACCGAUAUUUCCCGGUGAUUCUGGUGUUGAUCAAUUAGUCGAAGUGAUUAAGGUUCUGGGCACACCCACACGAGAGCAAAUCCGUGAAAUGAAUCCCAAUUAUACGGAAUUUAAGUUCCCACAAAUUAAAAGUCAUCCAUGGCAAAAGGUUUUCCGUAUACGUACACCACCAGAAGCUAUAAAUUUGGUAUCACAAUUAUUGGAAUACACACCUAGUGCACGUAUUACACCAUUAAAGGCAUGCGCCCAUCCAUUCUUUGAUGAAUUACGUCAAGAGGGUAAUCAUACAUUACCCAAUGGCCGUGAAAUGCCGCCAUUAUUUAAUUUCACAGAGCAUGAACUGUCAAUACAGCCAAGCCUAAUACCACAACUGUUGCCAAAACAUCUGCAGAGUACAGUACCAAAACGCCCUACUAAUAGCGGCCCUGGCGGGGAAGGUGGCGCUGCAGCUGCUGCCAGCUCAAAUGAAACGUCAAGAGUUGGUGCCGGCACCAUUACUAACAGCAAUAAUGCUGGUAAUGUUGCUAGUACCAAUACUGCGCCGAUUGCUGUAGCAGCGCCAACAGGUUCACAAACCAAUACACUAGGUAACGCGAGUAAUAAUGCAAGCGCUAACGUAUCAGGAAAUUCUGCAAAUGUCUCAACGUCAGUUGCAGGCAAUAACGGGGCCGGCGGAGGAGGUAGUGGAAGUUCGGGUUCUAUCGAAGCGUCAAAUACGACACAAUCUGCUAAUAAUAAUGGCAAUGGUGGCAACGAUGCCCCUUCUGAUAAUGGAGCAGCAAAUACCAGUGGUAGUAGUGGUGGCGGCGGUGCAGCAGUCAGCACACAACAACAACAGACAGCGACGACAAUGGGUUAGCGGGAUUAAGUUAAGUAAAUAAAAAAAAAAGAAAAUAAAAAUAAAAAAAAAAAAAACUAAAUCAUAUGAUAGCUGGCAAGAUUUUCAUAUGGACACAACAACCGGAGAGUUGCUACAGAGUUUAAAAUGAGUGCAUGAAGGCAAAGUAAGCUAAACAUGAAAUAAAAAAAUAUUCUGUAUAAGAGUAUAACAACCAACAAAAAAAAAAAAA